CGCCCACACCAAAGAAUAAAUACGAAAAGAAGAAGUGAAGAACGAUUUAGUGAGAAAAAGACCUAUUUUGUGAUUUGCUGCACCAGGAAAAACACAAACGAAGAGAAGACGAAGCUCAACCCUAGGCACCAUUUAUCUCUUUUGUCGCUCUCUCAGCAUUUGAGAUGAUGGCAUUGAAAGAGCACCGACCCUUUCCAGAAAUACCCUCUGCCCUGUUGUGUGAAAUUCUGGGUAGGCUUCCGAUUAAGACGUGUUUAACUUGUAAGCUUGUUUGCAAAGAAUGGUAUCAUGCCAUCGCCAGUCCCGAGUUCUCUUCUUUCCUCUGCCGUUUUAUGGCCCCCCAACUUAAUGUCUUGUUUUGUUGUUACUCGGGCGCUACUGUGAGAUCUACUUUCAAUUUGAUUGGGCUUGAAAAGGGUUCGAAUGCCGAUGAUUCAGGUAAUUGUAUUGUGGGUGCUGAUGAUCGGAUUAGGUUUAAGCCGAAAUUCGACAUCUCGAGUGAGAUUUUGUAUGUGUGCUAUCGUGGCAAUGGAGUCGUUUUAUUGGUAUGUACAAAGGACGACUACUUCGUAUGCAAUUUGCUCGCGGGCCAGUGGAUGAAGUUGCAAAAUCUGCAUCAAGUAAGGGACCAAUCUUAUGAUGUUUCUCGUUGUGAGCUGGGGUGUUGCCCGGUGUCGGGCCAAUUCAAGGUUCUUGUUCUGCUUUGGGAUGUGGAGAGGAAGAUCCAACUAGCAAAGAUCCAGACUUUGGGUGAUGGUGAAUGGAGGAGUGUGGGCAAUUCACCCUUGAAGAUUGUGAGGGGUGGAUGUUUUCUGAACGGGUCUAGUCAUUGGCGCGAUGACAAGUCUAUAUGGUCCUUUCAUUUUGGGGAAGAACGGUUCUCGCCAACCCCAAUCCCAUUUCCCGAUGAUGUCAUCAGUGAGGCCUACAAGAAGAAGAGUAAAAUUUUGUGUGUUUUCGACUAUUGUCUAUGUUUGAGAUGUUCCUCGUGCGUUGUUGGUGAUGAGAUUGACGUAUGGAUAAUGAAGGAGUAUGGUGUGAAAGAAUCUUGGGUGAGGCAAUUUGUCAUAGUGAAUGAUCCAUGGAGUGUGCCUCUAAUGCAUAUGGAUAAGGGAAAGAUACUUGUGGAGAGUGGAAACAAAUUAUAUUUAUAUGAUCCACAAACUCGGGUUUCUAAGACGAUGAACUUUGAUGGGCUUUCUGGGUGAUGGGUUCCGCCCGUGGCACUUGAUGCAAGUUUCUUGAGGUUUAAAAAUCUUAUCAAAUUAUUAUGUUACUCUUUGCCUAGUUUUUAUUUAUUUAUCUGUUGGCUUAAUUGUGUUAGAGUUUGUUUGAGCUAACCUUAUGGUAUAACUGCCUACCUUCUCAUUUGAGCAAAAUAAAGUUUCUUUUUUUACAGAACCAAUGUUUUGAUCUCUUAAUUUAGCACUAAAAGUGUGUAUUUUUACUAAUUAAAAGACUUUGCAUUUU